AUGAGAUUGAUCACAGCCGCCACCUCUCUCGUAUUGAUGCUGGGCUCAGUUCACGGAGCUGCCCUGCAAACAUCAAACGCCCAAUGUCGAUGCAGGCCUAACGACCCUUGCUGGCCCUCGCAAAGCCAAUGGGCAUCUCUCAAUGCCUCUGUGAGCGGCAAUCUUGUCGCACUUCGACCUGUUGCCCACGUCUGUCACGAUCCUGGCUAUGACGCUGCCGCAUGCAAUGCGUCCAAGGCCCUCUCAGAAGCUUCCGUUUGGCGUGAUCAGAACCCCGGUGCCGUCCAAUGGACAAACUGGGAGGCCUGGCCGGAGCGCAACGAGACUUGCUCCUUUAGUCUUCCCAGAGAUGUUGCCUGUCGUCAGGGUCGUGUCCCUCUCUUCUCUGUCGUUGCCGAGACGGCUCAGCACAUUCAGGAAGCAGUGCGCUUUGCUGCUUCUCACAACAUUAGGCUGGCCAUCAAAAAUACCGGCCACUGUUUUCUCGGACGAUCAUCCGCGCCAGAGUCACUCCAAAUUGCCACGUAUAAGAUGAAGAAGAUGGAAUUUGUCGACGACUUUGUCCCCGAAGGCUCUGGCAACAAGUCCAUGGGGUCGGCCCUCACCCUCGGUGCCGGUGUCGUCCUCAUGGACAUAUACUCUGAGACAAGUAAGCGUAAUCUGACUGCGGUUGUUGGUCUUUCCCACACUGUUGGCGCUGCUGGCGGCUACAUUCAGGGUGGUGGCCACUCGCCUCUGGGGCCAUGGAAGGGCAUGGCUUCAGACAAUGCGCUUCAGUUUGAAGUUGUCACUGCCGGUGGCAAAUUGAUCGUCACAAAUCAAUACCAAAAUCGAGACCUCUUUUGGGCUCUUCGAGGCGGCGGAGGUGGCACCUUUGGUGUUGUCGUCUCUGUGACUAUCCGCACGUUCCCUGAUGUUCCCGCCCUUGCCCUCAUAUCUGGUAUCACUUUUCCUGGACCAGCUGAUGACAGGUUCUGGGAUGUUUUGGCCGCCCUCCACCAACGUCUCCCGGCUCUUGCGGAUGUUGGGGGCAGCGGAUACUACGUCUUCCUCCCCAACUCUGUUCAGAACAGCACUUCCACUGCCUCCAUCAACAUUGUCAUGUUCUUCCCUAACAAGACCGAGAAAGCACCCAUUGCCAAGAUUGCCGAUGGGUUCAUUCAGGCUGCCCGAAAGUCUGCCCCCGACGCCAACUAUACCCUUCAGCUGGCACCUAGCCUUGGUGGUUCCAUAGCCUAUGAACUGGCCAAGACACCCUACGACGCUACGGGUGGAACUGUCAUUAUUGGCUCUCGCCUCAUAUCGCGAAAAUUACUCAGCCAAAAGGAUGGCGCUCAGCGCCUGGGCAAAGCGCUUCGUGGUAUUUACGAGGGCAGCGGCAACACUGGCUACACCGGCCACUUCAUCGCAGACGGAGCAGUUGCAAAGAAUGCAGGCAAGGUCGACUCGGCGCUCAAUCCUGCCUGGCGCAAGACCAUCACACAUAUUGCAUUUGGCCGAGACUGGGCACCUGAUGCCACUCUUGCAGAGCAGAAAGCUGUGCAGAACAAGCUUACCAAUGUCGAGGUUCCCAUUCUCAAGGCCCUCGAGAAGGAUAUGGGAGCCUACCUGAAUGAGGCCGAUGCCUUUGAGGCUGAUUUUCAGGAGUCGUUCUGGGGUGACAACUACAAGAGGCUGUACCGGAUCAAGCAGCAUACUGAUCCUCGGGGCCUCUUCAUCGUGCGACGUGGUGUUGGUAGUGAAGACUGGGACGCUGAGGGACUCUGCCGCGUGCGCAAGCCAUCCCUUGGUGACGAUUCGCGGCUGCAACUGUAA